CGUGCCGAGCCAGCCUGAGCCAGCCCGUGCCGAGCCAGGCCGGAGCCAGCCCGUGCCGAGCCAGCCCGUGCCGAGCCAGCCCGAGCCAGCCCGUGCCGAGCCAGCUCGAGCCGAGCCAGCAUGUCGUUCACGGCGGAGGAUCUCAACAAUGGGCAGCCGCACUGCGCGGGCAGCAAGAAGAAGAGCGGCUUCCAGAUCACGAGCGUGACGACGGCCAGGGCGCACAGCAACAGCGCCGGGGACGACACGGAGGUGAGCUUCGACCUCGAGGACGACGCCUCCACGAAGACCGAGGAGCUCGGCGGCUCCUGCUCGGACAUCUUCGACACGCCCGCUGCCGCCGCCUGCGCCGAGAUGAUUUUCCUCCCCGCGGCCGACGAGACGGAGCAGUUGGCGCCCGCCGAGCCCGGAGAUCGAGGGACGCCUGGGGCGGUGGAGUCGGGCGACGGUGGCGGCGGCGGCGGCGAUGUUGAGGAGGUUGAGCAGCCUGCUCCUGCCGCUACCUCGAUGGUGUUCAGAGCCGAUGGUGGGGCACCCGCCGUGGAGGUUGUGGUCGGUGGACACGUCGAGCAAGCGAGCUCGCAGAGCAACCAAACUUACGGUCAUCAUCAUCAUCAUCAGCAGCAGCAGUCGCAGUCUCACCUGCAGCCGCAAGCCCACGCGACUCCGCACGGCUGCAAUUCGCGAUUCCGCGUCGUCAAGCUGGUGGAGAAGGAGCCCUUCAAGAAGGGCCGCUGGAACUGCACGGACUUCUACGAGAAGGACAAGGAGGUGGUGGUGGGCCAGGCCUCUGCCCUGGCCCACCACGACGCCUGCUCCGUCGUGUCCCGGGAGAGCGUCGCAUUCUCCGGCCCGGUGCCGUCCCUCCACGCCUUCGACAGCCAAGCGUACGGGCAACAACACAACCACCAACAACACCAACAACAACAACAGCAGCAGCAGCACCACCAGCACCCCCAGCAAUGCGACCCUCUCGGCGGCGAGAGCGUCCACCGGAUGGGCCGGGACGUGCCGGCCGCGUCCUGCGGCCCGAGCCAGCCGGGUCUGGCCCCUCUCGCGGUGGCGCACCCGGCACUGCCGGGUUUCCCUCAGGGCUACUACGAAGCUGCCGCACCAGCGCCCAGCCAGGUGGCCGGCGGCGGCGGCGGCAACACGCUACCUGCGGGCAACGGGGGCGGUGGGUUCUUUGAGCAGCAGCAGCAGUUGGGCGUGCCGGGUGCUCUUCCGGGCAUAGGUUGGGCUCCGGACAAUCUGCAGAGCGUGACAGCCUCGAACGUGGGCAGCGAUGCUCUGUUGCAGGCUGGCCAGCAACAGCAACAGCAGCAGCAACAGCAACAGCAGCAGCCGUUGCAAGUUCCGCAGCAGGGCUAUGGGAUCUGCCUCGUGGAGGAAGGGACUGACAACCCUCAGCUUCAGCAGGCCCUUGGAUUCCACGGCGGUCUCUUAGAUCAGCAGAUGGAGCAGCAGCAGCAGCAGCAGAUGCCCUCCUUCGGCGUUCAGAUGCAGCCGCCGCAGCUGCCGCCACAAGCGCCGUUACCGAAUUUGUCCGAACUGCAGAUGAGGGCCAAUUCUCCGCAUCCGCCGGUGCUUCUACAGCAGCAGCAGCAGCAGGCCUGGCAGCAAAGAAUGCCGCCGCAUCCUCAAACAGCGGACGGCAAUUUCCUCCAGCAUUCGCUGGCGUCGUCGGCGGUCCACAAGCCGGCGUCGCCGAUCGCGGCCGGGUUCCCCGCGGUGCCGAAGAGCCCCCCGAGCGCCGUCACGCAGCAGCUCAACUCCGUGCUGGCGCAGAUGCACUCGUCGCAGGGCCAGCAGCAGUUCAUGGCGCAGAACCCUCACCUGCGGCCGCUGGGCACCGCGCCGCAAGCCGGCCCGGACCCCCCCCAGCAGCUUGCGCCGAUGUUUCAGCAGCAGAGCGGUCAGAGCGCCGCGGGGAGGGCGGUCAACGCCCACGUUCUCGCGCAGCCUCCGCCGGUGGCCCUGGGCUUCGACAACAUCGUGUCGAACGUCCACUCCGGCGAACCCGCCGGCGUCACGUCUCCGCUGCCCGUCGCCCUCGCCCAGACGUUCAACGUCGGCUUCGCGGACGCGGCGCAGAUGGACGCCGCGCUGUUUCCGCCGCCGCCGCUGCUGCUGCCGGCGGGAGCCGCGGGCGCCGGUCGGUACCUCCUGGGAUCGGCCGGCGUCGUGCCGCGGCUGGACGGCCACCAGCAGCAGCAGCAGCAGGCGUUCGCGGAGCCGUCAACCGCUGGCGGAGGAGCGGACGGUGCGGCGGUGGCGGUGGCGAUGCCCUCCUCUGGUGUGGCUCAAGGUGCGGUGGGCACGGCUGAAGACGACAGCUCCCCCGGAGCCAGCAUGGUCGCUAUUGACAACAAGAUCGAGCAAGCCAUGGACCUGGUGAAGUCGCACCUGAUGUUCGCGGUGCGCGAGGAGGUGGAGAUCCUCCGCGAGCAGAUCAAGGAGCUCGUGGAGAAGAACAGCCAUCUGGAGCAGGAGAACCAGGCGCUGCGCAGCCUCGCCAAUCCCGAGCAGCUGCAGGAGCUGCUGAGCCAGCUGCCCGACUCCACCCCACCGCCAGCCGCCGCCGGCGACGGCCAGAACGGCGGCAACAACAACGGCGGCGGUGGCGGCGGUGCGCCGCCCGCGGCUCAGCAGCAGCCGGCGCAAGGCAACGCGGUGCCGUCGGCCUGAAGCCGCGAUGCCAGAGCCGGCGCCCGGCGGGCCGGACGCGUGGGGGCGACGAACGGAGGGUUUCGGCGUGGCCCACCCAGACGGGGCCUCCACCGUCACCGCUCCCUCCGCCACUGGUCGAGAAUGGCGUUGCCUCGCCGUGGCGUAAAUAUCGAGGCGAAGCGGCACGGUGGACAUGGAUGAGAGAUGGAGACACGGCAGAGGUGUAGGUUCGAGAUACAGAGGUCUCCAUGCGGAGAUGGAGGUGAGAGAGGCUGCGGGCAAGAGGCAAAUAUUGAUUUGGGGUGACGGCGAGAUGACCACGAUUUGUUCAGAAGGGGGGGCGGCCUUCUCGCCAAACAAAGCCCGAUCACCCGGCAGCAUUCGUUCAACAAGCCCACGCCCUACUGAUGAGACCCAAGAAGGGCCGGAAACCAGUGCAGAGUUUUACGCUCGAAACAACCGCCGCUGGAUAAUGUCAGUUUGCAGAGGCGAUGUACCGUUGGGACUGAAACUAUAUUUGUGUUUGUGCGCGUGGAGACGCGGGACGGAGUUCCGGCCCACGCUUGGCUUUCGCCGAAGAGAGAGAGACGAGAGAGAGAGAGAGAGUCCCGGGGACGAGAGGCACGGACGGGCGGUCACGUGACCGGCCUUCGCGAAGUCGCGCGACGCCGUGCGACGCUCGCGACGUUUCACGUGGCACGCGCCCGGUUCGCCGCACGGCACCGCAGGAAAAAUACAGCGGGCGAGAAUCCCGUCGGCUUUAAAGCAUGGAAUGUGUAUGCCGUUGAUCUCUUUGUCUCGCCACGGUUUUAAAAAUGAAUGCAUCCCGACUACUGCCAGUGCUGCUACUGCUACUGCCGCGUCUUCUGCUGCUGCUGCUAUGAAUACGAUCGUCACAAGGCGGCGACUUUGAAAAGUUGCGAUGGUUUUGGGGUGGACUUUCGCAAUUAACGUUGCGCGUGUGUUAGUAUAUAUAUAAAUAUAUAUAACGUAAGGGUUAUCGCUGCUUAGACAGCCGCAGGGCUGUCCGGUUCCGUCGGACACGUGGGGUCGACUGCGCCGUUUCCCCGCGGCCCGUGACAUCACGGGGGUCGCGAGAGUUGCCGGCGGCUGAUUGGCUGUCGGGAGGGUUCUCCAUGGCUGAUUGAUGACGACCAAGAUGACGAAUGGGCGCCGCCGUGAAGUCCUGGAGAAGGGCGUCUUUUGAAUCGACGUCGUUCAGAUUGGAAUAACCCCGUCAAGGUGCAAUCCUAUGUGUGAUUAUGAUGAUGAUGAGAUCGAUAAAUGUAUAUUUUGUAUUUUAUUUCAUGGUCUCUGCCCUAUACGGCAGGCAAACCCGAGGAGAGAUUUGGCUAUUGUGUAAACCCCCCUCCCCCCGCCCAAAACACAAUUCUUUGAACGACUCGGCAAACGUUGCCGAUAAGUAAAAGUCAAACGUGGCGGUGUUUGUCAUGAGGGUGUAGGAGAAGGCCGCCACCCUUGCGAUUGCUCCAGAUCGAUGGGAUUGGUUGUACGUUCCGUAGCCAGGAAGGGAAAUUUGCGUCGACCGCCGCGCUGCGCAGGGGAUGCCCGGCCCCCGUGGCCUCGUGCUGGUGGAGGGUUGCCGCCUCUGACCUCUGACCUCUGACCUGCGGAACAAAAACCGUGGCGGUUGUAAGCACCAUCACUCGUGGAGUUGGCUCAAACGUGGCCACCGCACAGGGCCGCGGAGUUUCGGCGCAUUGCUGCGGCCGACUUCCCGCUUGUCUGCGGGUUUUCCCCGCGCCUCUGGAUCCUAACGGAAAAAAUAUCGCGCGGCGCGUUUGCACAUCCGCGCUGUUCGCAAAUAAUGCGGGGGGGGGGGGGGGGGAUGUAAAUUCGUGUAAAUGGCAAAAACAAAUGUUUGAAUGUUCUGCGGAAGCCUUUCAGAUUUCCCGGGACAGCAGCUUUCUAUCCUCCACUUCUUCCUCGUGCUCAAUCCACCCUGUCGCUCGCUCUCUCUGCUCGUGCGCGCGCCCCCUUCACCGGAACAAACUUCCCCAUCCGCGUACUCUUAGUUUUUUCGGUAAAGUCACCAUGUAGGUAAAAAAUGAAAUAAAAAUUCAUAAAAAUUAAAUAAAAAAUCACGACGUUUCGGAGGCAACACAAGUCUCCGUCAUCAGGUGGGACCGUCACAGCCAGAUUUGCUGUAUCAAGAUACAUUAAUUUUAAUUUCAUUUUGAAAUCCUUUAUAUUAAGUUCACUUGCUUGCUUGCUUGCGCGCUUACGACCGUGCAAAUCUUUCGGUCGUAUUUUAACCCACUUUUCCCGUGAUCCAAUCGAGCUGACAUUUUGCACACAGACACGUUGUGCGUGACAAUUUAUUUUCGUGAAAUUUUUUUUUUCCAAAAUGUUCCACUUUUUAGGAAAAAAAAAUUCAUAUUUAAUUUAAAAUACCAAUGUGAUAAAAAUGAAACUCUUACUCAAGCAAAACAGAAAUGAAUAAUGAAAUAAAACCGAUGCCACGCAUAUACAGGAUUUAUAGUGAAAAACUUAGUUUUUACGGGUAUUUUUUACCUACGUGACUUUACCGAAAAAACUAAGAGUAUGAAUCCUUGCAGUCACGAAAGCUUCAAAUCUAGAAUUCCCCAUCCGCGUUAAGCGGUCACCUUCGCUCACGAAGCUUCCGCUCCUCACUCACAAGCCACUUGUUCCCUUGCUCACCCCACGACCCCUUAAUCUCUCCCCGUCAUAACCACCACCGUCACUGUUUCCUCUUCAUAUUCUCAUGACGCGGCUUUCACUCAGUCACCCCAUUCAUGAAUGCAAUCCAUUCGUCAUCAUUUGCUGUCGUAAAUUUCGCUUUCACCGAAUUCAUGCAUCAUCACGGAUUUGCCCCCCCUUUCAUUCAAACCUCAUCUCCACCGUCACAUUCAUACGUCACACCACUGGUAAUUCUCUGUAAAGGGCCUUGGAUAAUGCGCCAUGUAAGUUAUUUUAAGAUAAGAUAAGUCUGAUCCCUUAGGCAUACAGAUGGCGACCCGACCCACGUGCUGUCUACCUCAUCGCCUUGCCCCGUCGCUUCCGCCUGUGACAAUGCCGUAGCGAGCGGAGCGCAGAAGCCAGACGAGAGACCGCCGGCGGUGGGUAAACGCGUCGGCUAAUUCGCGAGAGGGUUUUUUUUCUUCUUCUUUCUAAAUUGAAACUUCGGACGUGAAAUAUUACAAUGGAUUUUCACAAUUUUUAUUUUUCACAAUUUACAUUCGCUAUUUUAAAUUGGCCUUUGGCUAAGCCGCCCGCAAUGCGCCCCCCCCCCGGUCUCGACAGAUCCCGCGAGCUAAGCAGGCUUGGGCCUGGUGAGCGCUCGGUGCGGGGUGACCGCCACGCACGGCAGAGCAUAGUGGGCAGCGCGGCAACAAACAACAACGAACACGUUGCUGUACUGUACUCGUACGCUCCCACAUUUACACUCCCUGCCUCCAUCUCUCCCCGCCAGUGCACGGGGCACACAUGGCAAAGUAUGGUCAAGUAAGCCCUCCUCAUCCGGCAGUGGAUUUGCGAUGCAAAAGUACCGUGGGUGCCUAACGCUACGAAUCGUGUCGGGACGUUUUUCUUUUUUUUAAAAGCCUAAAGAAAACGUCGAUUUUGUGUCUCGAGCAAAGAUCGCGCGGGCUCAACGUGCGACCUGGAGUCGAGUCACUCCCGCCGGAGGAGCGUUCACGAGCCAGAGUGGAGCGGCUAAAUAAUCCUCAUCGACGUGGGGAGAAGCGGGUCGUCCCACGGCAAGGGUCGGCGCCCCGGGCUGGGAAUUUGGAAUUUCGAUCGUCGUUCGAACUGCUUAUGGAAUGGCGAUGGCUUGGCGAGGCCUUCAUUGAGCAGUGGAUCGAUCGCCGACGACGACGACGGUGGUGGUGGUGAUGAUGGUGAAGGCUCAAUAGUGGUGGCUAUGCACGUGGCACGUAAUCCAGCACACAGCGGAGGCAGCGAGGGUUGGCGGAUCGCACAAGUGCAUCGAUGAGGUGCCAUGGUUUGACUCGCCAGGAGGCGGCGGUACGGCGACUGUGGACUCCACCUGUUCCCUCCGUACGGGAUAGAGUGUUUCCCCCUCGCACGAGUGUGGGUUUACUCCCGGGUGCUCCGGUUUCCUCCCACGCGGAAGCGCUCGUCGAUUGGCAACGAAAGCAACUCGAUGUGCAGGUUACGUUAAAAAAAAUGUUAACACUUUUAUGGGGCUAUCGUUUUUAAUGGAAAAACAACGGGUAAUACACUGCAACAUGAUAACAAAUGUGAAGUUAAUGGCUUAAAAAAGUUAAAGGGUCUCCCACUUGUUCGCCAGCAUUGUCAACGCGUGCCUGGAAUCUUCUUCAGGUGGUCUCCAGAGCCCGGAGGCACAUUUCUGUAUUGUUGCAAAUUCUCAGAAGUGUUCACAUUUGUUUUUAAGCACCCCGCAUAGAGGGCUGCAGAGCUUGGAGCGGCUUGAAAUGCUGGCGCUGGCUCACCGCGUCGCUGCCGCCUCUUCUGUGGCUCCUCCUCCUUCGCCGCGCCGCCCUCUUGAGUCGUUCGCUCAACCUGCUCGGCUCUCAGGAGCCAUUCGUUGAGCGAAAAAAAAGCACAUCACGUUUUCUCUGUGCCAAUAUUUAACAAAGUGCGCUCUCUUUAGCCUCUGAUAAGCGAGAUAUAUUAUUGACCAGUGCCAAGCGAUAAAAUAAUUGUUAAAAGGAUUUGGAGUUGGGGUGGGGUGGGAGGGGGAGAGGUUUUGUGCAAUUUCCCCCCCCCCCUGAUUAACAAGUAGGCGACGUUGCACCAACCCAUGCGACCGAGUGCCAACGUUGGCCCGACGUUUGCACGUUUACUGGGAGAUGCUGUCAGUAUUUCACGCAAUCUCUAUGUACCGUAGCUUCACACACACACAUAUAUAAUCUAUUUUUAAAACUGGUCAAAAACAACUGGGCCGAAAGUUAAUGAGUGUUGGUGACAAUGUAAGAUAAUACAUUUGCGAUGGUUUGGACACAUAUCGAGAAUGGAUUCCAGAAAGGAAAGUAAUAAGGACUGGGGUGCCGCGGUGGUGAGAUGUUGACCUCUUCGCCUGGUAUACAGGAGGUCGUGGGUUCGAUCGCGACCCUGACGCCUGCUGCAUAUUUGGAGUUCGCGGUGUCUCUCAUCAUCACGGUGGCUAAGAGAUGUUGACCUCCUCACCUGGUAUACAGGAGGUUGUGGGUUCGAUCGCGACCCUGACACCUGCUGCAUAUUUGGAGUUCGGGGUGUCUCUCUCUCAUCAUCACGGUGGCUAAGAGAUGUUGACCUCUUCGCCUGGUAUACAGGAGGUCGUGGGUUCGAUCGCGACCCUGACGCCUGCUGCAUAUUUGGAGUUCGCGGUGUCUCUCAUCAUCACGGUGGCUAAGAGAUGUUGACCUCCUCGCCUGGUAUACAGGAGGUCGUGGGUUCGAUCGCGACCCUGACGCCUGCUGCAUAUUUGGAGUUCGCGGUGUCUCUCAUCAUCACGGUGGCUAAGAGAUGUUGACCUCCUCACCUGGUAUACAGGAGGUUGUGGGUUCGAUCGCGACCCUGACACCUGCUGCAUAUUUGGAGUUUGGGGUGUCUCUCUCUCAUCAUCACGGUGGCUAAGAGAUGUAGACCUCUUCGCCUGGUAUACAGGAGGUCGUGGGUUCGAUCGCGACCCUGACGCCUGCUGCAUAUUUGGAGUUCGCGGUGUCUCUCAUCAUCACGGUGGCUAAGAGAUGUUGACCUCCUCACCUGGUAUACAGGAGGUUGUGGGUUCGAUCGCGACCCUGACACCUGCAGCAUAUUUGGAGUUCGGGGUGUCUCUCUCUCAUCAUCACGGUGGCUAAGAGAUGUUGACCUCUUCGCCUGGUAUACAGGAGGUCGUGGGUUCGAUCGCGACCCUGACGCCUGCUGCAUAUUUGGGAGUUCGCGUGUCUCUCUCAUCAUCACGGUGGCUACGAGAUGUUAACUACCUCGCCUGGUAUACAGGAGGUCGUGGGUUCGAUCGCGACCCUGACGCCUGCUGUAUAUUUGGAGUUUGCGGUGUCUCUCUCUCAUCAUCAUGGUGGCUAAGAGAUGUUGACCUCCUCGCCUGGUAUACAGGAGGUCGUGGGUUCGAUUGCGACCCUGACGCCUGCUGCAUAUUUGGAGUUCGCGGUGUCUCUCUCUCAUCAUCACGGUGGCUAAGAGAGAUGUUAACCACCUCGCCCGGUAUACAGGAGGUCGUGGGUUCGAUCCCGGCCCUGCCGCCUGCUGCUGUAUAUUUGGAGUUCGCAUGCUCUCCCCGUGGUCACGUGGAAUUUUUUUUUCUCCGGAUCCUUCGUUUUCCCGCCCCCCCCCCC